UUGGACUUGUUUACUGACAGUGAAGACACUUUUAAGUUUGCAACCCUUCAAACCCGCACACUUAUCACUUCUCUCAUGGCCUAAUACUAGCAAUAGUUGGAAUUACUUGGGCAACGAAGAAGUUGAGCUCUUGGUAGCUCUGUCGAUGGCAUCUCUUUCUUUCACUCACUUUCUCCUCUUACCCAGGUGCCAUUUGGAUUGGCCCAAUAGCCCGUCACUGAACUUUGUGCAGCUUCAGGGUCUUAGAUUACAUAGUAAAAAGCGGGGCCUUGCUGCUGUCCCUAAAAAGAUUAACUCAGAGAACUCAGCUGUAGAGGCAUCCAAUGAAGAUGAGGUUGUUGUGAAGAAAAACACAUCUAGGACUCCCAAACGAACUCGAAAGAAAACAAUAGCCGAAACAGAUGCUUCAAGUGAGGAAAGCAUCAUUUCUGCAUCUAGUGAAGAUACCAAGAAACCGCGUGGAAGAACUCGUAGGAAAGCGGCAUCUGCGUCUACAAGCACGGAGGAAGAACAAACUGAGAAGAAGGUACGGAGGAGAAAAACUAAGAAGAAAGAUGAUGUUGAGGAGCAGGUUAGUGAAGCUGAACUUAGUGAGCCUGAGGAGUUUACAUUCACUGUGGAUAUGAAGGAUGAGAAUACGGAAGACAUAGAAUUGGAAAUAGAUGAGGGAGAGGAUAUUAGCUAUACUUAUGAUUGGCCUCCUCUUGUUUGUUGCUUUGGGGCUGCACAACAUGCUUUUGUGCCCUCAGGAAGGCCAGCCAACAGACUUAUAGAUUAUGAAAUACAUGAAAGAAAGAAAGAUGCAUUAUGGGCUCCUGAAAAAUUUAUUAGGUCUCCUGGGGGAUCUGCAGGCAGUGUUGCAAUUGCUCUUGCAAGCUUGGGUGGCAAGGUUGCUUUCAUGGGAAAACUUGGGGAUGAUGAAUAUGGUCAGGCCAUGCUAUAUUAUAUGAAUGUCAACAAUGUUCAAACUCGUUCUGUUCGCAUUGAUAGUAAAAGGGCAACUGCAGUAUCACAGAUGAAGAUCGGUAAAAGGGCUCGCUUGAGAUUGACUUGUGUCAAACCCUGUGCUGAGGAUUCUUUAUCAAAGUCGGAGAUCAACAUUGAUGUGCUGAAGGAGGCAAAGAUGUUUUACUUCAGCACGCAUUCUAUGCUUGAUCAAAAUAUGAGAUCAACUACACUGCAAGCAAUCAAGAUUUCGAAGAAAUUAGGAGGAGUUAUUUUCUAUGAUGUAAACCUUCCAUUACCACUAUGGCAUUCUUGCGAAGAAACAAAGUUGUUCAUACAGCAAGUGUGGAACCUUGCUGAUAUUAUUGAGGUUACCAAGCAAGAGCUUGAGUUUAUUUGUGGGAUCCAGCCCUCUGAGGAAUUUGACACCAAAAAUAAUGACAGAUCAAAAUUUGUCCAUCAUACACCAGAAGUGGUUGCACCGGUUUGGCAUGAAAAUCUUAAGGUUUUGUUUGUGACAAAUGGGACUUCUAAGAUUCACUACUACACAAAGGAGCACCAUGGUGCUAUUAAUGGGAUGGAGGAUCCUCCUAUUACUCCUUUCACGUCUGAUAUGUCAGCAUCUGGAGAUGGCAUUGUGGCGGCUCUCAUGAGAAUGUUGACAGUUCAACCACAUCUUAUUACUGAUAAAGAAUAUUUGGAGCACACAAUCAAGUAUGCAAUUGAUUGUGGGGUCAUUGAUCAAUGGUUGCUCGGGCGAGAACGCGGCUUCCCUCCUAAAGAGGAUACGGAAGAAGUGGUUCCUGAUCCAGAUGGUAUAAGGUCUCUAACAGAAAUGGAAUAUCGCACACUAGAGAGUGUAAGUUGAAAUCCAGGUUGUGUUUGCAGUUUGCAGUUUCCAUUGAUAAAUAGAAUUUUAUUGUGUUGUUUGUAGACCUCAAGAUUACACAGGGCCAAAAGGUUUACUUUUCUUGUAGAGUGAACUAAUGUAGUCAUGUAGCAUUUAUAAUCCAAACUGUCCAGGCCCUUUUCAAUGUCUUUUUUCUUGUUUUUUUUUGUCACAGAAGUGAAAUAUUUUAUGGAGACUGGGAACAUUUUAUAUCA